AUGGGCAAGGUUUGCGCCAUUUUUGGAGGAUCCCGAGGAAUAGGAAAAGCUGUCGCAGAGUUACUGGCACAGAAAGGCUGCCGCCUGGCGAUUAUUGCUAGAAAUCUGGAAUUAGCCCAGACUACUGCACGUAAUCUUGGUGCAGGACAUCUGGCACUUAGCUGUGAUGUAUCCAGUGAACAAGAAGUCCAAAAUACUUUUGAGGAGAUGCAGAGGAAUUUAGGUCCUGUUAACUACUUGGUGAAUGCGGCUGGGAUCAACAGGGAUAGUUUGUUACUGAGAACCAAGACUGAAGACAUGAUAGCCCAGAUUCACACUAACCUUUUGGGAACAAUGCUGACAUGCAAAGCUGCUGUAAGAAGCAUGAUUCAACAGCAAGGAGGUGCUAUUGUCAAUAUAGGAAGUGUUGUAGGACUUAAAGGCAACUCUGGUCAAAGUGUAUACAGUGCUACCAAAGCAGGAUUAGUUGGAUUUUCACGCUCUCUUGCUAAAGAAGUAGCAAAAAAGCAAAUUCGAGUCAACGUGGUUGCUCCAGGCUUUAUUCACACAGAGAUGACUGCUCAUUUGGAAGAAGAUCAGCUGAAGAAAGGAAUUCUCCUUGGAAGAUUUGGAGAGCCUCGUGAAGUUGCACAAGCUGUUGUCUUUCUUCUAGAGUCCCCUUAUGUUACAGGGAGUACUCUAGUUGUAGAUGGAGGCUUGCAGCUUCAGACUUAA